AUGGCUCCCAUAUCUACUAGGAUGCAAUCUCAACGUAGAUUAAUGUUGAGUUGUACAACUUUAUUUAUUUUUCUAUUGAUCAUUAAUUUAAGCAAAACAUCACUGAUAGGCAUUGAAGAUGCGAUAUUUUUGGCUAAGAAUUCAUUUAAGGAAUACAAAGAACAACAUAUACCCAAAGCAUUGCACAUAGGGGAUAUGAUAGCGGGUAAUAUGACUAAUGCGACUUCACCUAAAAUUGCAGCUAGCAUUUUGGAUUUUGAUUUGCAAUAUCCGUUUGAUAACGUCGUGAAUUCUAUAUUUCCUAUAGACACUACAAUUGAGUAUAAUUCUAGCGACAAGAACCAUAAUAUCACGACACGUAGGAUUAUAGGAAGAUAUGCGUCGUAUAGUCCAAUAUUAACGGGACAUGUGUCGGGCACUUUCAAAAUCUUUCCGAAUAAUGCAUGUAACGAUAUCAAUAAGCCAGAUUAUGAAGGGUACGAGGACCAGAUACUUGUGGUAUUGAGAGGAAACUGCAGCUUUUUUGAUAAGGUAGAAAAUAUAAUAAAUUCGGAACUCAAUCCGAAGAGUAUUAUUAUCGCUAAUGACGAACCUCAUAGAGGCUUGAUUACGAUGUAUUCAAAUAAAUUUAAUACAGAUGGCUCUUUUAAUGUCCCAAUUAUGUUUAUUUCGUACGAAGGGUAUAAAGAACUACAUAGCUUAAAAGACAAGAAUUUGGAAUUGACAAUAUCUACAGUGGCUUUCGGCAGUUUGAUGAAUAUAGUCUUGUCAAUGAUUUUAUCUCCACCUCUAUUGAUAUUCUUGCUUUACACUUUCAUAAAAUGCGUUCAGCAUUGUCGGGAAAAACGAAUGAAUCUAGCAAACGAGAAGUUUGUUAAGAAUUUACCUAUUUAUAUUUAUAACAUGAAUCAUUUGAUCUAUUCGAAGAAGUUUUACGACUAUUUGAAAACAACAAACCAGACUGAAAGUAUUACAUUUGCAGCUGAAUCUGAACUAAAUUCAUUGAAUAGAUCAAAUUCGUAUGAUGGAUUUAAAAUGAGCCGUUCGUCUUCCAAAACUUCAUUGAACAAUUUUACUAUUAACGGGAUUGAUGUCAAAAGUAUUAAAAGUCAGUUUCAUAUAUUAACGGCUCCGGACGAUUUUUUCUUUUCAUAUAAAUGCCCAAUAUGUUUGGACAAAUUUAAACCGUUGGCUUCUAGGGUUCUUGUGCUAGAUUGCAAGCAUUGUUAUCAUGAAAAAUGCUUAUCUAAUUGGUUAAUUAACUUCAGAAGAAGCUGUCCUUUAUGUAACAACAUCAUUAAGGGCAGUGAUACUCGUUACUUACUUAGUGAUCUGGAAUCAUCUUCGUACGGUAGCUUUGAUGAAGAUUUAGAGGCCCAAGUCAUCCCAAACUCACUUCAAGCGAGGAAUCAUUAUGAUGAAAAUUCAAACAGCCCAGAUUUGAACAACGCUGAUGGCCAAAUAUAUCAUACGAAACCUAAGCAUGACGAUAAUCAACAGUUGCUCUCAAAUAUGGAUGAUAAUAAUGAUGGAAGUAUUCAAGGAUAUACCCCGUUCGAGAACAUUACUGAUCAACCGCAUGUCGAACCAUUUUUGUCUACAAGUACGAGUCAAAACUCCCCCAUAUUGCAAGGUCCUGGUGCUGAUACAGCAGGAUCGCGUACUAUACCAGAUGAACUCUCAUUUCCCAAUGUGGAAGAGCCACCAGCAUCAACUGGUAGUGUUGGGGCCUCAAGUAUGAGUGAUGCAUCUUCGUUUUUUUCUGCGAAGAGCCAUUUUGAUAGCAGAAGAAACAGCUCCGCAUCUCCACCAAAACCACCGCCAACACCGUCAUCAUCGACUAGAUAUUACUCUAAACCCUGGCAAAUUCUCAGUCGCUUUGCUCCUCCGAAGUUGGAAUCUCUUCACGAAGUGAGUUCAAGCAUUGAUUCAGAAGAUUUUGCAACCCCAUCCAGAGGUGUUGGAGAUACAGAUGAAUCUACAAUUGAUGGACAAUCAGUUGGUUCCAGUACAGAAACAGAUAUUGGCAGUGAUUCCGAAAACGGCUCAAGUAUUUAA